AUGCCAGCACCAUGUGCAGGUCUUCCAAACUGUCCUUGCGCUGAUCCAAAGGAACUUGACCGUCUCCGCUCUCUUAAUCCUCUCAAAAUUGCUUUAACUUGGACUUUCGGAUUCGGAAUGUUCGCAAAAUUGCCUCAAUGCGGCGAUUUAAUUGUUUCCGGACACACAAUGUUCAUGUGGCAAUCAAGCAGAUGGAUUAUGGAGACAACAUCCAGAAUGUUGCCAACUCUUGGAUCAACAUUUGUCAAACUUGGUUCAUUGUACACAUUUUUGAUUGGUAUUUGCUAUAUUACAUUGUCAAGGAACCAUUAUACCAUUGAUAUUUGGUUCGGUUUCCUUCUUUCUGAAGGAUGUUACUAUCUUUAUGGACUUCUCGAAGAAAGAGUUGAUGAUGCAAACAAUAACUCGAUCCCUGUGAAGAUAUUAAGAUGGUUCGAGACAAGAAAGUAUCCAAUCAUGAAAGAGGAAUACGAAUCUGAUGAUUCAUCAACACUUGUUGAAGUUUAA